AUGAUAAUGGAAUAUUUGUUUGUAAUUAGAACUGCAUUACUAUUUUUUGCAUUGGUUUUAUUAUACCUAAAUAAUUGCCUGGUGGCUGCUGUUUGUAAUGAGUGCCAGGAAAAUAAUGUGGCCUGUGUAAAUGAAACGUCUUAUCAUUUUUGUUUUGGUGCAAACAUACCAAAUACUGAACAAUUGUUCACAUGCCCAGACGGUUUAGUUUGUACCCACCUACCGAAUAUAUGUUUCCAACGUAAUACUUUGCCAGCCAGUUGCGGAGAUACAUCUAGCUGUGGUAUAUGUAAUUCUAAUCAAGUAUUUGCGUGUACUUCGCGUACAACAUUUGCAUUUUGUUUUGGAGCCACAAUACCAUCGGAUGUAGUGGGCAGUUGUCCGACAGGAAUGAUAUGCGAUGCUUCCAGUUCAGACUUUUGUGUUCGAGAAUUAAAGCCAACGUCUAUUGUUUGCGAUUUGACGGAACCAAUUGAUAUUAGAAAUUUAUAUCAAUAA